CGUGCGGUCGGUGGCUCGUAGGGGAAGAUGGCGGCUGCUCCUUUGGAAGAGAGGGAUUGAGACGGGUGGAGGGAAAAGGCCAGGCGGGAGAGACGUUCUCGACAGUGAAGACAAACCCUUCGCACACGAUUCAUUAGGAGCUCUGCUCAGCGCCGGAGGACUCCUAGAACGAAUACAUCACCAUGGCUACAGAAAUUGGUUCUCCUCCUCGUUUUUUCCAUAUGCCAAGGUUCCAACACCAAGCACCUCGACAACUAUUUUAUAAGCGACCUGAUUUUGCGCAGCAGCAAGCAAUGCAACAGCUCACCUUUGAUGGAAAACGGAUGAGAAAAGCAGUAAACCGAAAAACCAUAGACUAUAAUCCGUCUGUAAUUAAGUAUUUGGAGAAUAGAAUAUGGCAAAGAGACCAGAGAGAUAUGCGGGCAAUUCAGCCUGAUGCAGGUUAUUAUAAUGAUCUGGUCCCACCUAUAGGGAUGUUGAAUAAUCCUAUGAAUGCAGUAACAACAAAAUUUGUUCGAACAUCAACAAAUAAAGUAAAGUGUCCGGUAUUUGUUGUUAGGUGGACUCCAGAAGGAAGACGAUUGGUCACUGGCGCUUCUAGUGGAGAAUUCACCUUGUGGAAUGGACUCACCUUCAAUUUUGAAACAAUAUUACAGGCUCAUGAUAGCCCCGUGAGGGCCAUGACUUGGUCACAUAAUGACAUGUGGAUGUUGACAGCAGACCAUGGAGGAUAUGUGAAAUAUUGGCAGUCGAACAUGAACAACGUCAAGAUGUUCCAGGCACAUAAGGAGGCGAUUAGAGAGGCCAGUUUCUCACCCACGGAUAAUAAAUUUGCUACAUGCUCUGAUGACGGCACUGUUAGAAUCUGGGACUUUCUUCGUUGCCAUGAGGAAAGAAUUCUCCGAGGGCAUGGUGCAGAUGUGAAAUGUGUAGACUGGCAUCCAACAAAAGGGUUAGUUGUUUCAGGAAGUAAAGAUAGUCAACAGCCAAUCAAGUUCUGGGAUCCCAAGACUGGGCAGAGUCUUGCAACACUUCAUGCCCAUAAAAACACAGUAAUGGAAGUGAAAUUAAAUCUCAAUGGCAAUUGGCUACUCACUGCAUCACGUGACCACCUCUGUAAACUUUUUGAUAUCCGAAACCUGAAAGAAGAGCUUCAAGUCUUCCGAGGUCAUAAGAAAGAAGCCACAGCUGUGGCCUGGCAUCCUGUUCAUGAAGGACUUUUUGCCAGUGGAGGGUCCGAUGGCUCUUUGUUAUUCUGGCAUGUGGGGGUAGAGAAGGAAGUGGGUGGGAUGGAGAUGGCCCACGAAGGAAUGAUCUGGAGUCUGGCUUGGCAUCCUCUUGGACAUAUUCUCUGCUCAGGUUCAAAUGACCAUACUAGCAAAUUCUGGACCCGAAACCGGCCAGGUGAUAAAAUGCGAGAUCGAUAUAAUCUCAACCUAUUGCCUGGAAUGUCUGAAGAUGGAGUAGAAUAUGAUGACCUUGAACCUAAUAGCCUGGCAGUAAUUCCAGGAAUGGGAAUACCAGAACAACUAAAAUUAGCUAUGGAACAAGAGCAGAUGGGGAAAGAUGAAUCAAAUGAAAUUGAAAUGACGAUUCCAGGUUUGGACUGGGGAAUGGAGGAGGUGAUGCAAAAGGAUCAGAAAAAAGUUCCUCAGAAGAAAGUUCCUUAUGCAAAACCUAUUCCUGCUCAGUUCCAGCAGGCUUGGAUGCAAAAUAAAGUUCCAAUUCCUGCCCCAAAUGAGGUACUGAAUGACAGAAAAGAGGACAUUAAAUUGGAAGAGAAGAAGAAAACACAAGCAGAAAUUGAGCAAGAAAUGGCCACAUUACAGUAUACUAACCCACAGCUUCUGGAGCAACUUAAAAUUGAAAGACUUGCACAGAAACAGGCUGAGCAAAUUCAGCCUCCUCCUUCAUCUGGCACCCCUCUCCUCGGACCCCAGCCCUUUCCAGGACAAGGUCCAAUGUCUCAGAUUCCUCAAGGUUUUCAGCAGCCCCAUCCAUCUCAGCAGAUGCCAAUGAACAUGGCUCAAAUGGGGCCUCCAGGUCCACAGGGACAGUUUAGACCCCCUGGACCCCAGGGACAAAUGGGACCACAAGGUCCUCCGCUGCAUCAGGGAGGUGGGGGGCCACAAGGAUUCAUGGGACCACAAGGGCCCCAGGGCCCGCCCCAGGGGUUGCCAAGGCCUCAGGACAUGCACGGGCCCCAAGGAAUGCAGAGGCAUCCUGGACCUCAUGGCCCUUUGGGACCUCAAGGACCACCUGGACCACAGGGUAAUUCUGGUCCUCAAGGUCAUAUGGGUCCUCAGGGUCCACCUGGCCCACAAGGUCACAUAGGCCCUCAAGGCCCACCUGGUCCCCAGGGUCACUUGGGCCCUCAGGGGCCUCCUGGUACUCAAGGUAUGCAGGGACCACCUGGUCCCAGAGGAAUGCAAGGACCUCCUCAUCCUCAUGGGAUACAAGGUGGGCCAGGGUCUCAAGGGAUCCAGGGUCCUGUGUCUCAGGGACCUCUGAUGGGAUUGAAUCCAAGAGGAAUGCAGGGUCCUCCAGGCCCCCGAGAAAAUCAGGGUCCUGCUCCCCAAGGGAUGAUGAUGGGCCAUCCGCCUCAAGAGAUGCGAGGACCUCACCCUCCAAGUGGACUGCUGGGACAUGGCCCUCAGGAGAUGCGAGGCCCUCAGGAGAUUCGAGGCAUGCAGGGGCCUCCAGCCCAAGGGUCCAUGCUGGGCCCCCCCCAGGAAUUGCGAGGGCCUCCAGGCUCACAAGGUCAGCAGGGGCCGCCCCAGGGCUCUUUGGGGCCUCCACCCCAGGGUGGCAUGCAAGGGCCCCCUGGACCUCAGGGACAGCAGAACCCGGCAAGAGGGCCACAUCCAUCUCAAGGGCCAAUACCAUUCCAGCAGCAGAAAACAGCUCUGCUAGGUGAUGGGCCCCGGGCCCCCUUCAAUCAGGAAGGACAGAACGCAGGCCCCCCACCCCUGAUACCAGGCCUAGGGCAGCAGGGAGCACAAGGUCGCAUCCCCCCUCUUAACCCUGGACAAGGACCUGGCCCUAACAAAGGGACCAAAGGGAGAAGGGAGAGCCGAGAAAGUGGCCCUGCCAUCCCCUACUGGAUUAACCAACGCCGCCGCCCCAUCACCGGUGGCCACAUCCCUUCUAAUUUGUAGUGGUGGGUUUCUUUCCUUGGAGGAGCCAGGGUACUUUUAAACAGAUAGAGGUAAUGGGAGGAUUAUUAUUCAUAGGUAAGUCCAAAUGGAAUGUGUUCAGCUUCCUCAGGUCAAAGUCUGCUGUGUCUGAGAUCACACCAAGUUCAAGCAACAUAAAGUCAGAGAAGAAGUCACUAGCUGCAGGAACCCACUGAGGAGUGAGGAGCCCUCUUUACCACAAGGAAAGGGACCUGGGAUAUUUGCAAACUGACUGAACAAAGAGGCAACUUAGAAGGUGCUUUCCUCAGCUGGGAGAGGACUGGUUUAAUGAAGGAAAGACUAGGAGGCAGAAGGCACAGGAAGAGCUUGAGAGAAGAGAGAUACCUUCUAAUGGUGUUUUUUAAUACUGACAUUUCCAACUUUUUUAUAUUUGUUGAAUGGUGAGGAGGAAUUGAAAUGGCCAAAAGAAGGGAAUAAAAAGGGAAGAGGAAGGGCAUUGGGAGGGGAAGAAUCCUGGCUGACUGUGACGUGAGGGAAGGAAGUUUGUCUUUACUGCCAAGGGAGAAGGAGGGAAAGACAAGCGGGGCAGGUGGAGGAAUUUCAUCUUAAAAAUGUAGUUGUUUUAGGGCAGGAGGGUCCCUUUGCUACCUACUUUUAAAAAGUGCUUGAAUUGUAUGUUGACGGAAAAUAGGUACAUAUUUUCAAUGGCUGCACAGUAGCCAGGAGAGCAAACCCCUUCAAGGUUCAGAACUAAGCUAAGUUAACCAUCACAACUCUAGUUGGCCUGUUUCUAGUUUUAUUCAGGACUUGGAAUAUUUUACAUAUGUUAAAAUGUUUUCAAAAAAUCUUUAGCGGGUUUCCAAACACUGUGUGCAGUGAAUAGUGAUAAUUUUUAUAGUUGAGGGAUAUAUAUCAUUCAUUCAUGCAAAGGGGUGGAAAAUAUGUUAAUGUAACCCCGAAACUAAAUUUUAAGCAAGGGCUGUUUGGUCACCAAGCAGUUAUUAGGCCCGUGGUUCCAUGUGCCUUAGGAGGAUUUUGUUAAGAAUCAAAAUGUGCUUUGUUACAGACCCAAGCUGUCCAUUUCUCUGAGGGGUUUGAAUAAAGUAUUCCCUGUCUUAAAAAAAAAGAAAAAAAAAAGAAAGUGUGAGUUAACAAAUCAAGUUGAAUGAACUAGGGGUUAAAGGAGCAGCAUCAGGGAUGGUGGCAGCAUAGCCUCAGCGCCCGAUGGGCUUUGCAGGCCUUUUCAGGUGCAGAGGUGAAUUGCCUGUGCGUGGCUUCCUGGCCAGCAGCAUGAAUUUUCUCUGCUGUCUCCUCCCUGGCUAUGGAGCAGACAGGCCUAAUGAAGUCCUAGAACAAUGGGGAAAGGGAAGGGAUGCUCAUUCUUACGCCUGUGAGACUGUUGCAUGUUUUCUCAAUUAAUCCUCACAGCAGCAAGUAGUUGCUAAUCUCAUUUGAGACUAGUAAUUUGCCUGAGGUGGAGGUGCUUAGUGAGUGGGUGAUGAGGUUGAAAUCUGCACCCAAAACCUGUGUUUUUCCAUUAGAUAGUGCCUUAGGGAUUUGUCUCCUAAGUAUGCUGAGAACUAAGGAGGGAAAACAUUCUAAAUACAAGAAUGCAUUCUCAAAUUGUAAGAUGCUGAAAAUCAGACCUGUGCUGGUGGGAUUCCUGGAAGACAAGGUAAAAAUCAGCUUUGUUUCCUUUAGGUGACUCACGCGGCCCUCCAAACCAUCACAUGGGCCCCAUGUCA